AUGGUCUCGUGGUUUCGGUUCCUCAAGCGCGAUCAGCAGCUGUCCGUGUAUUUUUUUGCUGUGCCGCGUCUCAGCCUGGACAUAAUGGGCUAUUGGCCCGGGAAUCCGGGGGAUAGCCUUCCCCGGCGAUCCAUCGUCCACUUCGUGAUCCUGUCCAUUGGCGUCGUCACGGAACUGCAUGCGGGAAUGCUUUUCCUGGACCAACAGCAGGUCACCCUGGCACUGGAGACCCUCUGUCCAGCGGGAACCUCGGCGGUUACGCUGCUCAAGAUGUUCCUCAUGCUGCACUUCCGCCGGGAUCUGUCCUCCAUGCUGAACCGGCUGAGGAGCCUCCUCUUCGAUCUGAAGUCGGAGCGGUCCGAUAGGCGGCAAAUCCGAGUGGGUCACUCGGUCAAGGCGGCCCGCAUCAACUUCUGGCCCCUGUCCACCGGAUUCUUCACCUGCACCACCUACAACCUGAAGCCACUGCUGAUCGCCUUGGUCCUGUUCCUCCAGGAUCGUCUGGACGGCUUUGUCUGGUUCACUCCUUUCAAUAUGACAAUGCCCUCGGUUCUAAUGAGAUCUCCAUUUUUCCCCCUGACCUAUAUAUUCAUUGCCUAUACGGGCUAUGUGACCAUCUUUAUGUUCGGAGGCUGCGAUGGUUUCUAUUUCGAGUUCUGUGUCCACUUGUCGUCGCUUUUCGAAGUGCUACAGGCGGAGAUACGAUCCAUUUUUAGGCCAUACAAAGAUCACUUGGAGCUUUCGCCAGAGGAGCAUUAUAAUUUGGAGCAGCGAAUGCGGGAUGCCAUAGUCAGGCACAAUGCCAUCAUCGACCUGGCCAGGUUUUUCCGGGACCGCUAUACGAUUAUUACCCUGGCCCAUUUCGUGUCCGCUGCGAUGGUGAUUGGUUUCAGUAUGGUCAAUCUCUUGACAGCUGGAGGCAAUACCCUGGGAGCCCUCCUCUAUGUGGCCUACACGGUGGCUGCCUUGAGCCAACUGCUGGUUUAUUGCUAUGGCGGCACUCUGGUGGCCGAAAGUAGUGUGGAGCUGUGCCGAGUGAUUGGCUCUUGUCCCUGGCAAUUGUUUAAGCCACCACAGCGACGCCUCGUUCAACUGAUGAUCCUCAGAUCGCAGCGACCCGUUUCCAUGGCAGUGCCCUUCUUUUCUCCUUCACUGGCCACCUUUGCUGCGAUUCUACAGACUUCGGGCUCAAUUAUUGCCCUGGUUAAAUCCUUUCAGUAAUUAAAUAUAGUUCAAAUAAAACAAAUUAUUAAAAUGUAAUUACUUU